AUGGGCACCACCGGAAGCGGUAAGACAACUUUUACGAACCUGGUCAGCGGUUCCAGCCUGCCCGUCGGAACCACCUUGGAAUCCUCUACGAAGGAGAUCCAAUUUGCCAAAUUCGAGCUUGAUGGCGAACACAUCGUCUUGAUCGAUACACCCGGUUUCGACAAUACAGAUCGUUCCCAAGCUGACGUCCUCAAUCAGUUCGCAACCUUCCUUGAACGAAGGGACAAUCGCGGGGGCGCACGACUCUCCGGAGUCAUAUACCUCCAUCGCAUCUCUGACAACCGUAUUGGCAGAAUCACUAUGGACAGCUAUCGCUUGUUCCAGAAGCUUUGCGGAAACACGUCCAUGUCGAAUGUGGUCAUCACCACGACCAUGUGGGCAUCAGUGACCGAGCCACUUGGUCGACGCUUGCCCGACAUACCCAAAAGUCAACACUUGGUUCAUCGAGAGAGCGUGAAAUCGAGAAUAAAUGCUCGCCUGCAUCGCCACAUCGAUACCGCAGAGUCAGCCAGGAACAUUAUUCGAGAUAUCCUUCACCACGUACCACGUACCCUGUUGGUGCAACAGGAAAUGGUUGAUCAGCACAAGCCGGUUCCUGAUACGCAAGCGGGGAACGAGCUCAUCUCAAGGCUGGAGAGGAACAGCAUGCAAAUACAGAAGCGCUUGGACGACUUGUGCAGGGAUGUGAAUAGGCAUCGUCAGAGCGACGAGGAGCCCAACCUCGUGGACUUGGAAGAGCUGCGGAACUCUCUAGAUGAAGUAGAGGCGAAGCUGGCGAGGAACCAGCACGAGCGCACUGAACUGCGCACAGGUAUCGCACCAUACCGCCUCCUCAAGUUGACUAAUAUGUGGAUGCCUUGGGUGUUCAGCCGUAUGUGA